GUGAAAAGGACAAAAGGGACAAAAGGGUAAGCGUAUGAAGCCGGAAGAGAGAAAGCGCAGGUUUAAUGAAGCCAUCGUUAACAUUCUGUAUCCCUCCUCGCCGGAACCCGAACCCGAACCCGAACCCGAAUCAUCUCAUCAACCGAUUCAACAAGAUCUCAAACCCCUUGAUGCUCUCACACAACGCCCGCCUUCUCAUGCUAUUUCUGGGAGUUCGGAUGAUUACGACAAUGCUUCCACGAGCGGCGACGAAGAACACGAUUCCGGGACGGUGAAGCUAACGAGGGCUCAACGGAAGAAGAUUCGCAAGAAGAAGCUCAAGGAAGAUGCAAUUCGUCGAGGCAACUUAAUUGGCCCCCUCUUGCCUCCUUAUACACAUCAAGCUAUGCACGAUGCACCACCUGUUCGAUCAAAUGCAUCAACGGAACCUUCUCCACUCCACGACCCUGGUGAUGGAGCGGCUCCCUCCACCUCCAAUAGAACCAGGAAGAGAAGGAUGGCCAAAAAGCUGCCCAAAGUUAUGCCUCAAACUUCCAAUUCUGCUCCUUUUGUUAAGGAGUCCAAUGUGUAACUGUCUAGGAGCUAGCUAGCAGAGUAAAGGAAAAGAAGUAAAAACAAGCAAAGGGCAAAUGGAAUGGCCAAUAUAUGUGUUGUAACUUGUAAGAUUGUAGAUUUGUAACUAUGGGGUGUAUCGAUAUGUCUCACUUUUGAAUUUGAUCAUCUAUGACCCACAACUUAGGUGAAAAAUACUAUCCAUGAAAAGCUCUGAACGUAGG